AUUUAUUUUCGCUUGCUAAUGAUCGUUAAUAACUUUGAUUGUUGUGUCUUUCGCCUGAGUCAGCAUCUUGUUAAAACAGCAGCAGCAGCGGCGCAUGACUGAAUUUCUCGGGAAAAAUGGAUAAAAAAGAUCGAGCGAACAAACGUCGGCAGGACAAGCACCACAAAAAGCCACCUCCGUCGGCAGCAGCAGCAGGAAAGGACAAACCAUCCAAGAAGGACCAGAAACCGGCAGCAGCACCUCCAAGUUCCGCGCCGCUCAUCGUCUACGACGACCCGUACUCGCGGCGGCCAAUCGAGCCCAACUGGAGCCGAGACCGGGAUCUUCCCCCGGCGGCAGGACUUGGCGACUCCAGUGACGAGGACGACGCUCAGCUGCACGCCGCCGACCUCGAGAAGCUGCUACAGCUGCCUCCGUCCGCAAGUGGCCACUUCUUCCUGAGCACGGAAAAACAUUGGGCCGAGGAUCAGACGGCCAUCGUCAGCGGGCGGCACUUUCGAAUCGACAGCAAGCAGCUAAACCUGUGCCUGGGGACGAUUCCGUUCCACGAACGCAACGGCUACCCGGCGGAACUGUUCUCCAAGCGUGAGAUCGAUUCCAUGAGCUUGAAGGCGUCGUUCGAAACGAAAAAGUACCAGGACUAUUGCCAGAAACAGCAAGCAGGGAAAAUGUCGGAACCUGUACCCAGAGUGAUACCGCCCCCGGUCAAGUGCCUUAUCGGUCCGGAUGCGCUUCCUCCCGGGCCGGCGCCACCCCAAGAGGCGGUUCGUCCUCCUUCUCCCCCGAGACCAGUGCCCUGCCUUAUUGGCCCCAUGGCCUUGCCGCCCGAGUUGCGGCACGAUCCAAACGUGACCGGAAGUUAUGCAAGUGCAGCUCCGUCGGCGCCGGUUGAUGUGGUUCCGAUUGAAGAAGAGGUUGUGCCCGUUGCUGAUCAAAGCAGUAGCAAGGAAAACGAUCAAUCACAAGCGGCAAAGGCCACGGCACAGAAAGAUGGGGCGACGACGACGAGUGAAACCAAGGAAGAUAUUCAGGCGUGGCUGGAUGACAUUUUGGACGCGUAGUUUUUAAAGUGAAAAAUAAAUGUUUGACUUUUGACUGUUAUCGUAGUAA